AUGGUUUAAAAACUUGAAACGAUCAACGAAUAUUAAAGGCCAAUCAAUAACUUUACUCUUAAAUAGAAAGCACACGAGGUGCAAAUGAAUACAGAAUGUUUCCGGAUUUAGCGGUGACGUUAAGUUUGAACGCAGCGUAGAAAGCGUAAAAUAUAAGUGAAAGCGAAUUUUUAUACAAACAGAAAAACUUAUACCGAAUGAGUGUUACAUUACUAACGAUCAUUUUAGCUUAUUUCAAAUUAUUUUAGUAAAGAAUAAAAAAAAUUGAUUAGCUUCAGUUCGAUAGAAUGCCAAUACAGGCACCUCAAUGGACAGACUUCAAGUUGUGUCCUGUAUGCCAAAAUGAGUUUAAAUCUGGACUGAAGCCACCUAUAAGUUUAGGUUGUGGUCAUAGUAUAUGCAAAUCAUGUUUGUUGAGACUAUCAAAACAGCAGUGUCCUUUUGACCAAGCAGAAAUCAAAAAUGAUAUAACAAAACUUCCUGUAAAUUAUGCAUUACUUAGUUUAUGUGGUGGGACUAUUCCAGAUUAUUUUGAAGUUGAAAUUCCUGAAUUAAUUAUAAAUCGUAAAGAAUUCGAUGCAGCUAGAAUUGCUAUCGAAACCCUAGCUGAAUGCUUGCAAAAUAUUGUCAUAACUAGUUCUAAUUGUAAUUAUACAAGUGGUAAUGGGAUCCUUACAAGGCCCAUGCAGCGAAAAAUUGUUUCAAUUUUACAUUGUCAACUUGCAGAGGUGGAAGGUCAGUCUCGUGCUAUGAGAGCUGCACGAAGUAUUGGUGAAAGAGCUGUGAAAGAACUAAUUUUGAUGCAUCAAAGCCCACAGACAUUAUCUACAGCCCUUUGGGCAGCUGUAAGACAAAGAGGUUGUCAGUUUUUAGGUCCUGCUAUGCAAGAAGCUGUUCUUAGAUUGAUACUUUUAUCAUUAGAGGAUGGGAUUUCUCUAUCACGAAAGGUUUUAGUUUUGUUUGUAGUUCAACGUUUAGAGAAACAGUUUACACAGGCAUCAAAAACAAGUAUUGGACAUGUUGUGCAGUUACUUUACAGAGCUUCUUGUUUUAAGGUAACAAAAAGAGAUGGUGAUUCAUCAUUACUACAACUUCAUGAAAAGUAUCAAACAUAUUCAGCACUUAGAAAAGAACACGAUGCGCAAAUUGUACAAAUUGCUAUGGAAGCUGGACUUCAUAUAUCGCCAGAGCAAUGGUCAGCUCUUUUAUAUGGCGAUGAUGAUCAUAAAUCACAUAUGCAGUCAAUCAUUGAUAAGCUUCAAACUCCUGCUUCGUUUUCAUCAAGUAUACAAGAACUUAUUAUUGCAUUACAACGAACUGAUGAUCCGCAUAACUUACAAGACCUACAAAUUCACCUUGAGAAGUUAGCCAGCAUUGAUCCUAAUCCUGAAGCUGAACCACCAUUAUGGAAAGAUAUAGAAGAAUGCAUGACGUCUCUUCUUGUUGUUGUGUCAGGAUUAAGAAUUUUUGCUAAAGAUUAUGCUAGUAAAAAUAAAGGCAAUAUAGAAGGGACUCAAAUGAUCAAUACAAAAUACCGCACAAGUAUGUGUAGAGAUAUUAUUCAAAAAAAUACGUGUCCGCGUGGAGCUAAUUGUAAUUUUGCUCACUCAGAAGAGGAACUUGAAAGGUAUCGAAAACGCAGAAAUGUCCCAGCUGGGCGUGUUUCUACUGGAGUAAAUGGAUAUCACCAGGGUUCUAGAGCCAAUUCAAACAGUUCACCAGAUUCUUGUGAAAAUGAUCUUGAAGACGAGUUUGAUGAGAUUAAUUUAAAUCAAAGUUCUCCAAAUUUAUCAAAAUCACAGCAAGUUCAAUAUAGAACACAAGUAACAAGUAUUGAUGCAUCAAAUGGGUCACCAUUUAGUCCAAUUUGUUCAAUUUCAAAGAUUGAUGAAGGAAGAGAUUUAGUAAAUAUGUCCGCCUCUUUUGAAUCUCAACCAGUCUCUAUUCGAUCAAGUCCUUCUUUAUACCAUUCAGUUGCUUAUGUCAGCCAACAACAGCCACAGCAGCAACAUUUUUAUGAUGUGAGGGAACAUCAGAUACAUCCAACAAUUUACUUACAAAAUAAUCAAACUUCAUUUUUGUCCAAUCCUACUAUGUUUCAGCAACAGACUGCAAUUCCACAAAUCCAAGCUUGCAAUCCUAUUUAUCAGUAUCAACAAGAUUACAUGCAGUAUCCGGGAAUGUUUAGUCAGCCUUUUGCUGCUCAUAAUUUUACAACAAGGACUGCACUAGCGAGAGGAGGAGUUUCUGGAAGCUCUAGCACUUUAUUAAAUACUGAUUCUGAACUAAGUUUAAAUAUUUCAUCAUUGAAAGAUUCCAAAGAAGAAUGGAAACUUGGCGGGAAAUCUCGAAUAGAUUCAUUUAUUGAUUCUGGCAGAGGUUCCUCUUUGGGUUACUCUUCUGAUACAUGUUCUCCUCGAUCAAGUGGAUCAAGCAGUAUGUCACAAACAUCACCACAAUCAAAUGAAAAAAUUUGGGGGGAUUCCUUGAUAUGGGCUGCUCCAUCCAUUGAUUCAAUAAAAAAAUCUAACACAUCAUGGUCAUGGAAAGAAUUAAAGGAUUGCAGAGGCUCAGAUAGUGAAGAUAGAAAUCUAUCAAGCGAAUCUCUUGGAAAAAAAUAUGAUAUAGAUGAUAAAAAGUAUUCUAUGAUGAAGGAAUGGAGUGGUGACUUAAACAACAAUCGCUCAAAUCCUCAAGGAUUAUUGGGAUUGUUAUCAGGUCCUACAACAGCUGUUCGCCCUCCACCUGGUUUUAAAUUACUCUCUGAUGAUUGAAGUUUUUAUUUUUUUGAAGUUGGUUGAAUGGAAAAUCGAAAAGUAUGAAAUAUUUAAUAUGGCCUGUUUGAGGGUUCACACGUUUUAAAAGUUAUUUUUAUUAUAUUUUGCUUCAUUUGGGUAGCUGACCAUUUUUCUGGUUCAAUUAUGUACCUCAGGUUUAAUAUUUUGUAGUAAAUAUAUACAUAUCAUCUUAUAUCAUGUCAUAUAUAUAAUAUUAUCUAAGUAGGACGUCAUAAUAUGUCAUACUUCAAUAUAAUAUCAGAUAAAAUAAACAAUAUAUGGUUUUACGUCUUGAAAGAAUUUGUUACGUUACUGAAAUCGUUUCGUUUCUUACAUUUUACUGUUUAAUAAAAAAUAACAACUUUAUGUUUAAAGAGGUUUUGUUAGUAUUUAAAGGUGUCUUUAUUAGGGUAUAAAUAAUGUUUUUUUUUUUUUUUGUAAUCAGUAUAAAGUUUUAAUUUUUUUUUUAUUUUUUAGUUUUUUUUUCCCCAAUGUUUUAUUUUUAAUUUUUUGUUUCAUUUUUAUAUAACUUUUUUUUUUCUGUGUACAGUUUAUUUUUCGAGAUAAUUAUUAGUUACUUAGCAACUUUUAUAUUGUUUAUGACAUGAUAAACACCAUGUGCUAAAACAUAAUUUCAUUGGAAGCAGGGUUUACUUCUUUUUCAGAAUUUUAAUAUGUAGUUGUAAUAUGUAUUGUUGGGUUUUUAACCUUUUUUCCGUUUUUUAUGGAGAUUUUUUAAGUGAAAAAUCUGUCAAAAGUUUUUCACUUUUUAGUUUACAAAUAGAAUUAUAAAAAAAGUUUUGUAAAGUUCUUUUUUGCAAUAUUUUGUUUGCUUUAUAAAGAAUUUAAAGUCUUUUAAACUUAUAUCUAAGUGGAAGUUGAAUCUUAGCACGAGCUUUAUAUUUGUGUUUUUUCGUAUAACUGUUUUACGUUAGUGAAUUUGUCAGAAAUAAAAAAUUUGCCUUUCUCCAUUUUAUCUGUAAUACGAAAUUGUUAAUGUUUUCGUAAUAUCUUAUGAUUUUAGUUUUAUAAUCUAAACGAACAUGUGAUUUUGUGUUUUAAUGGAGUUUUGGUCGUGUCUUGUUUACAUAAAUAUAUGUUAUAAAAAGUUUGUUGUUGUUGUGUGUAUCCUUGUCAGUUUUUUAGAUUAGGUUACACAACCACGAUAUAACGAUAUAUUUUUUUUUAUGAUCUAUGUUUAUUUAAAAAACAUGAAUGUACAUUGUCACUGCUGGUAAGAUUUUUUAACUCCGUUUUGAGCAGUUUGAAAAAGAUUUCUGCUUUUGUUUUUGCAAAAAUAGAAAAGUUUAAAUUGUUAGUCAUGUUAGUUGUAUGUUUUGUCGUCAUGUUGUUGUCGUCGUCAUUGCUGUCGAAAUGUGUAUUUUUGCAUUAUUUUUGCAAAUUUGGUUAUACAGCGUGCAUAGCGAAAAACAACGAUAUAUAUCUACAUUAUUAUUACAUUGUAUGUAAGUCCUAAAUUUUGAUUUAAAUAUCGUGAUUUUGCCGAAGCUUUCGUAAUUUUUUUUUUAUUUUUAUGAACACGCAAAAUCUAAUUACAAAGGUUUGCUGUUUUGAUAAAUGAAAGUUUGUCUGCAUUUUUUAAAGAGUACGUGUUGCUAAGUUACAUAAGUGUUUUAACUUAUAGUCUCAUUUUAAUCCAUGUAUUAUUACGAUAUAUAUGCAUAACCCACAUUGGGUUACGAAUAUUUUUGUAGAAAUCUUAUAAACGAUAGUUUUGUUAUACUGUGGAAAACAUGCUACAAAAA